UUGACGGUCGCGCGAUUCGCGUUUUGUGUUCGGAGUUUUUUUAUUGUCGGAAAUUUAAACCCGAAAAGAGAGCCGAAAAAACGUUUGUAAACUAUCCUCGCGGAAUUUCCGGCAGUUUGUGCUGGGAGUGUGCCCUCCCGUGCACCGUGGUCGUAGUUUGUGUUGAGUGUUUGCGCCGCGGAUCAAAUGUUUCGGCGAUUUUCCGGUCCGGCUCAAAGGAUUGCUGCAACAACAACAAAAACAACAACAGAAGAAGCACUUGAAGCGAUUGCCGGGAAUCGACGAGGUCGGCGAUGAAUCCGGUCAGUUUGUACAUUACGACGUCCCGGUUGGUGUUCCAAAGUGGUGGUGGUGGUGGUGGCCCAGGUGGGACAGAUUCGGGCGGAACGAACGGAGCGGGCCCGGGAAGUAGCACCUUUACCGAUUUGAACCGGCUGCUGCCGUACCUGCGGAAGAGUCUCAGCUGUGCCGUGUGCUGCCGGUUGCUGCUGGAACCGCACACCCCGGCGGAACUCAACUGCCAGCACCACGUCUGUCGGGGUUGCGUCGGCGAACGGAAGAAGCUGAAGCCUUCGUGUGCGUCCUGCAAGGACUACAACCGCUAUGUGGAGAACACUCAGCUGCGGAUGCUGCUCCAGUGUUACAAAAGCAUCUGCGAGUACAUCAAGACGAAGCCCUUUUUUGCGGAAAUUCGCCGGCAAGCGUCGGCGUUGAACGGAAUCUCGAUGACCGCUGUUGGUGGAGCGGGGUCGAACGUGGACCAGGCCGCGACACCGGCUGCCGUCCCGCAGACCAUCACCGUGCCGAGCAACCUGUGGGAGCUGAUCGAGGAGGGAGCCCGGUUUCAGGAUAACUAUCGGUGCAGUUCGGGCCUCACCAAGUCGGCGUACUCGAUACUGCCCUGUAUCUAUCCGGCGCCGACGGUGAGCUCCAGCGUGGUGGCGCCGCAGACCAUGACUUCCGCCAACCUCCAGCAACAGGGCCAGCAGAUGCUCAUCUCGUCCAGCACCGGCAUUGGUGGCGGCGGCGGCGGCUCCCAAAUGCAUGUAAAGUCCCAUCCGGGCGCCCACAACGCCAGUUCCGAUCACGCAAGCAACUCCGCCUCGUCCUACACCGUCACAUCGGCCAACAUACCGGACCAACAGUCCCAACAGCAACAACAACAGCAAAUUGUCGUCCAGACGCAGAGUCGGCACCACCAACAGCAGCAACAACAACAACAGAAAGAGAUUAAGUUCCGCUCGGCACCGAUCAAAACCGUCUCGAACGGAUCGACGAUGUACUCGGUGCUGUACGCCGGGAACGGGAAUAAAAUCACGAUCAAGCGAAAAACCGACCCACCGCACGUCCAACGGCGCGCCACCAUCCACACCCUGGACAAGGACGGCCAGCUGAAGCUGGCCAAAACCCUGGCGGAGAACAGCUCGACCGUCGUGUCGGCGGCGGCCUCCUCGUCGGUGGUCGGUUUCAAAAUGCCCACGGCGCAGACUACGACGGCAACGCUGGCGGCGGCGGCGGCGGCCUCGUCCGGAAUGACGACGCUGGCCGGACAAUCGGCGAGUGGGUCUGCCGCAGCAGCUGCAGCGGCCGCCGCCGCCGCCGCCGUAAACAACAGCAAACAGUCGGCGAAGCAGCUGCUGAAGCGACGCGGUUGUCGGUGCGGCAAUGCGACGGCCACGCCGGGAAAGUUGACCUGCUGUGGGCAGCGGUGUCCGUGCUACGUCGAUUCCAAGUCCUGCGUCGACUGCAAGUGUCGGGGAUGUCGGAACCCGCAUCGGGCCGAUGGCAUGAAGGUCCGUCCGCACAUUCCAGAGCUGCAGAAUCUAGAGAUCAACCUGCACAACGCAACGGCUAGCGAGGCACUCUCCACAGCCACGACCACCGUACUGGCCCCUCAAUCCACCAGCGACGUCAACCCGGGAGUCGGUUCCGGCCUGGGAGGCGGCGGCAGCGUCAACAACUCCCUAAUGCAGCAACACCAGCAACAACUCCAGCAGCAAAGCGCCGGCCUCACCCUCGGCGGAAUGGGCACGCUCGUAAGCACCGGUGGCAAGGGACUCAGCCAGAUUAACCUGACGACCAGCACGACGGCGACGACGACGGGAUCGACGCUGAAGAUAACGCCGACCUCGCUGGCGAACGUCCUGAACAGUACGAACCAGCUGGUUUCGACCAGUCACGAUGGGAUCGGGCUGGGACCGAGUGCGGGGCUGUUGGACGCCAGCGGGUUCAGCUAUCUGACGCCGGGCAGUUUGGACGUGGGAAGUGUGCAGGUGCAGGGAGGGGUUGUGCCGGGGACGACCACGCAGUACACGACGAUGCCCGGCACGAGCUUGGCGAACGGGGGGACGAUACAUGUGGUCAACGUGUACACGACCCACCUCGGCGACGUGAGCUGCAGCCCGACGCUGUCGAACAUGAUCCGCACCGACACCGCCCUCAACAGCCUGCUGACCCACAAACCACCGGAAGCCCUGCUAACCCAGCAGACCACCUCCAGCGCCGUCCCAACCCUGAUUGGUCACUCGCUGUUCAACCCAACGACGACAGCGCAGACGUCGGCGGCGGCCAUGACGAUGGACACGAGUGGUGCGGAACUGGUUGGCGACACCAUCGUGGACCUCAAUGACCAUCACCAUCAGAUUGACCUGGCCGGGGCAAGUCUGAUCACCAUCGAUGGAAGCACCCUGGACGAUCGGUUGCACCAUGGUGGCGGGGCUGGGGAUGAUGUCUAAGGCAUGGGGUCAUUGUAUCGUUUACUUUUUUUCCUUGUUUUUUUAUGUUUGUUUUUAAGGCAAUUGACGAUGUUUUUUUCUCUAAGGAUGAUAUCAAUGUUUGAUAGAUUUUGAUUCGUAUCGUUUGUAUCGAACCUUAACAUAAAAUCACAAGUUCGGGGGAUGAAACCCCCUUGAAACACACGUACAGAACUCACACUCACACACACAUAUUUAUGUAUAGUGCAUUAGUGAUGUAAUCUUAAAUAGGUUUACGCGCGUCUCUCGCCCGUUUUGCUAACUUUUUGUCGUUCGCAAUUUUAAACAAUUUUAAAUUGUUCGUUGGAGGAAAUUUGUGAUGUGGGGAGGAUUAAAAUAAUUUGGCAGACAUAUUGUUUAGGCCUUUCCGGGUUUGCAGAGGCGUGUUAGUGAGUGUUGAACGAUGACUAAUUGUUGCAUUUAAUUGAGAAGUAGGGGCAGGCGGGGCAAAAUGGCCCGCCUAAGUAAAAUGCGCCGAAACCCAUAGAAAAACAUACAAAUUUAUGAAUUCAGUGUAGUAGACUUAUGCUUUGGGAUGUUCCCUUCAAUGUUGUAUACUUGGU